GGCCCCCAAGCCCGCCUUUCCUCCUCCUCCCAGCCUUCGCCCUCCUAAUCCCGUUUCAGCACGGCGCUGGCCGCAGUCUGACAGGAACGGGACCGAGCAAAGAUGGCGGCGGCCGAGGGCGGCGACUCGCUCUACCCCAUCGCGGUGCUCAUAGACGAACUCCGCAACGAGGAUGUUCAGCUUCGCCUCAACAGUAUCAAGAAGCUGUCCACCAUUGCCUUGGCCCUUGGGGUAGAGAGGACCCGAAGUGAGCUUCUGCCCUUCCUCACAGACACCAUCUACGAUGAGGAUGAAGUCCUCUUGGCCCUGGCGGAACAGCUUGGGACUUUCACCACUCUGGUUGGAGGCCCAGAAUAUGUGCACUGCCUGCUGCCACCCCUGGAGUCGCUGGCCACGGUGGAGGAAACAGUGGUACGGGACAAGGCUGUGGAGUCCUUGCGGGCCAUCUCUCAUGAGCACUCGCCCUCUGACCUGGAGGCUCAUUUCGUGCCGCUGGUGAAGCGGCUGGCGGGUGGUGACUGGUUCACAUCCCGCACCUCGGCCUGCGGCCUCUUCUCCGUCUGCUACCCCCGGGUGUCCAGUGCCGUCAAGGCAGAACUUCGACAGUACUUCCGGAACCUGUGCUCAGAUGACACCCCCAUGGUGCGGCGGGCCGCAGCCUCCAAGCUAGGGGAAUUCGCCAAAGUGCUGGAGCUAGACAAUGUCAAGAGCGAGAUCAUCCCCAUGUUCUCCAACCUGGCCUCUGACGAGCAGGACUCGGUACGGCUGCUGGCAGUGGAGGCAUGCGUGAACAUUGCUCAGCUCCUGCCCCAGGAGGAUCUGGAGGCCCUGGUGAUGCCCACCCUGCGCCAGGCUGCAGAGGACAAGUCCUGGCGUGUCCGAUACAUGGUGGCAGACAAGUUCACAGAGCUCCAGAAAGCAGUGGGGCCUGAGAUCACUAAGACGGAUCUGGUCCCUGCCUUCCAGAACCUGAUGAAGGAUUGUGAGGCCGAGGUGAGGGCCGCAGCCUCCCACAAGGUCAAAGAGUUCUGUGAAAAUCUCUCAGCCGACUGUCGGGAGAAUGUGAUCAUGACGCAGAUCCUGCCCUGCAUCAAGGAGCUGGUGUCAGAUGCCAACCAACAUGUCAAAUCAGCCCUGGCUUCAGUGAUUAUGGGCCUCUCUCCUAUCUUGGGCAAGGAUAACACCAUUGAGCACCUCUUGCCUCUCUUCCUGGCUCAGCUGAAGGAUGAGUGCCCUGAGGUGCGACUGAACAUCAUCUCCAACCUGGACUGUGUAAAUGAGGUGAUUGGCAUUCGGCAGCUGUCCCAGUCCCUGUUACCCGCCAUCGUGGAGCUGGCUGAGGACGCCAAGUGGCGAGUGCGACUGGCCAUCAUUGAGUACAUGCCCUUGCUGGCUGGGCAGCUGGGUGUAGAAUUCUUUGAUGAAAAACUCAACUCCUUAUGUAUGGCCUGGCUGGUGGAUCAUGUCUAUGCCAUCCGCGAGGCCGCCACCAGCAACCUGAAGAAGCUGCUGGUAGAGAAGUUCGGAAAAGAGUGGGCCCAUGCCACUAUCAUCCCCAAAGUCUUGGCCAUGUCUGGAGACCCCAACUACUUGCACCGCAUGACAACGCUCUUCUGCAUCAAUGUGCUGUCUGAGGUCUGUGGACAGGACAUCACCACCAAGCACAUGCUGCCCACAGUCCUGCGUAUGGCUGGGGACCCUGUCGCCAAUGUCCGCUUCAAUGUGGCCAAGUCCCUGCAGAAGAUAGGGCCCAUCCUAGACAACAGCACCCUGCAGAGUGAAGUCAAGCCCGUCCUGGAGAAGCUAACCCAGGACCAGGAUGUGGAUGUCAAGUACUUUGCCCAGGAGGCCCUGACUGUACUGUCUCUUGCCUGAUGCUGGAAGAGGAGCCAACGCCAGCCUCUGCAGUCCACCCUCCAACCCCUGCAAGUCCCUCUCUCGGGAGGAAGAAGUGGGGCAUUUGGCUGUCACUCCCUGUGCAUGGUCUGACCCCAGGCCUCUUCCCCAGCACGGUUCUUCCUCUCCCUGGCCUGGGAAGCCUACUCACUGUCCACCUCCCAGGGUACUGGGGGACACAGGUGGGACAGGGCAGUGACCCUGGGACAAAGGGGCCAUUCCAGCCCACGUGGGAGAGAGAUGUGAGCGUCCAGGGUCAUUGGCUCCUGCUGCUGUGAUGGGGAUCCCUCCCCCACUUCUCCACCCUUGCUCCCUUCCUCCCCUUCAGUCGUUAUUUUGUGUCAACUGUGCCGUUUUUAUUUUAUUCCUUUUUCCCCUUUACACAGAGAAAUAAAAGUCUAGAAAUA